UGCGUACAACACGCUAGACGAAGUAGAGCCCAGAUAUCAUGAAUGCUAUGGGAUUUACUGUAAAAAAAAAAAAAAAAAAGGUCUGAAAGUAACCGAACAUCUGCCCUAUUCCGGAGAAGUUCAAGGAUGAGUAACCGUGCCGAGUGUGGCCAAUAUUUAAGGUCUACAGUGUGCAACGGUUAUAGCUACAGAUGUCCAAUGCUCGCCAUACUUUUACUGGUUCUGUCAUCUUGGACCUGCAAGGUUCAUGGGACUACGUCGCCGGUACCGGAACCGACCGGCGAACCAACUGGGGAACCGGAACCGACAGGCGAACCAACUGGGGAACCGGAACCGACCGGGGAGCCGACUGGGGAACCGGAACCGACCGGCGAACCAACUGGGGAACCGGAACCUACAGGCGAACCAAUUGGGGAACUGGAACCGACCGGAGAACCAGAGGGGGAACCGACCGGGGAACCGAAACCAGAACCCUCCGAUGAACCUGUCUCUGUAUCCGAAGAAGAUGGCUUCAGGGCAUCCACCAUGGAGGUCAUCCUCCCACCACUUGGUCUCAUCUGCGUUAUGUUGUUUGGUCUAUCCUACCUAGCUUUAAGAACUGAAUUCCGACGUCGAGCGAACCACGAUCGGCGUGUGCACAAUCUAUACAUGACCCAGUCCAGCAUGAAGAUGCUCAAGUCUUGCCCCAAGGAAAGCCAAGCAUUUCUGGAAGAGGAAGACAUCGAUAUUCUGGACAGCAUGCAGAGUUUCUUCAACCGUCCGCUGGGGCUGUGUCGUAUCGCCAUGCCGGGCCUGCUCUCCCUCGCUUUCUGCCCCUUGGUUCUCUUCAUCUACGCCCCGGUGGGGGACUUCUUCUGGCCCGCCGACCUCUUCCCGGGAGGGCAGCCGAACAUCAAUGAAGUCAUCGGUAAAGUCGUGCCUACAGCUUGGCAAUCGUCAACAUUGUUAGGCUGAAUGUAACUCUGUUUAUUCAGCACACUAGUCAAGACAGUAUUAAAAAAAACUGAUAUAUAUUUAUUUAUGAAGGAAGACAUUUUCGUUUUUAAAAUACCUUGGUUUUGCCAAGGAAAAAUAUGAGGGACAAAGAAAAACCAACAAGUCAUGUGGUGUUUCCAAG